AUGCGUAAUGCAUUGAACAACUUAGCUGAUACUGUUGCGGAUUCUGAAAAGCAAUCUAGAUUCGAAAAUGAAAUGGACAGCUUUUUCGCAUUAUUCAGAAGGUAUUUAACCGAUAAGGCUGCUGGCUCUACCUUAGAUUGGGAGAAGGUUAAAUCUCCAUCUCCAGAUGAAGUUGUUGAAUACAAGUCGUUGAGCGAAAAUGGUGCUAAUAAUUUAGAUAAAUUGGCUGUUUUAAAGUUGAAUGGUGGUUUAGGUACCUCAAUGGGUUGUGUUGGUCCAAAGUCUGUUAUUGAAGUUAGAGAUGGUAACACAUUUUUGGAUUUAUCUGUCAGACAAAUCGAACAUUUAAACAGAAAAUAUGACGCCGAUGUGCCAUUAUUAUUGAUGAAUUCUUUCAACACGGAUGCUGACACUGAAAAGAUUAUUAAGAAGUAUCAAGGACAUAGAAUUAGAGUCAGAACUUUCAAUCAAUCAAGAUUCCCAAGAAUAUUCAAGGAUUCCUUAUUACCAGUCCCUCAAUCAUUUGAUGAUGACUUAGAUUCUUGGUACCCUCCAGGCCAUGGUGAUUUGUUUGAAUCAUUAAUUUCUUCGGGUGAAUUAGAUUCUUUAUUAGAACAAGGUAGAGAGGUCUUAUUCGUUUCUAACGGUGACAAUUUGGGUGCAACUGUAGACUCCAAGAUUUUAGACCAUAUGAUUGAUACUGGUGCUGAAUACAUUAUGGAAUUAACUGAUAAAACUAGAGCUGAUGUUAAGGGUGGUACUUUAAUUAACUAUGAAGGUCAAGUCAGAUUAUUAGAAAUUGCCCAAGUUGCCAAAGAACACGUUGAAGAUUUUAAAUCUAUCAAAAAAUUUAAGUAUUUCAAUACUAAUAACUUAUGGAUUAACUUAAGAGCCAUUAAGAAAUUAGUUGAGGCAGACGGUAUUCAGGCUGAAAUCAUUCCAAACCAAAAAACUAUUUCUAAGGGUUCAUCGGACAUCAACGUGUUACAAUUAGAAACUGCUGUAGGUGCAGCUAUUAAGCAUUUCAACAAGGCACAUGGUGUUGUUGUUCCAAGAUCAAGAUUCUUGCCAGUUAAGACAUGUUCUGAUUUAUUAUUAGUUAAAUCUGAUUUAUUCUUCUUAGAACAUGGUGCUUUGAAAUUAGAUCCUGUAAGGGAUGGAUUCGCUAAUCCAUUGAUUAAAUUAGGAUCUCAUUUCAAAAAGGUCUCUGGAUUCCAAUCUAGAAUUGGCCACAUGCCAAGGAUUUUAGAAUUGGACCACUUGACUAUCACUGGUAACGUUACGUUAGGUAAAAAUGUUACUUUGAAGGGUACUGUUAUCAUUGUUUGUAACGAUGGUGAUAAGAUUGAUAUUCCAAAUGGCUCUAUUUUAGAAAAUGUUGUCGUUACUGGUAACUUGACUAUUUUGGAACAUUAG